CAGACACACAGGUUACGUCGACUAUUGUAUUCCUUCGUAAACUGAAAAUUCGAUGGACGAACAUGGACUGGGCUUCGGAUUUGGAAAUCACCUCGAAGAAGCUUUUACCACGUCUCGGCAGACGUUCGACGCAGAACGUUACGCAGGAGGAUUCCAAGUCGGACGAUGACCUCCUCGAGAGUCCUAUAUCGGUGCCCUCUGGGAAAUUGUCGCAACCACCUGUGGUACCUCCGCGCACCAGGAAAACGGGGUGGGGAGACGAACUAAAAAGCGGGAAAUCACGAGGGGCCACUAACAUCAUCGAACAUCUGUUUCUUAGGGAACGUUCCCGAGGGACGGAGAAGGACGAUCCGAUAAGCGAUAUUCCUGUUAUACCGGAUUUCGAUGAAAUACAAGAAGACAGUGUAUUAUCCGACAUCAAUGCAGCCACGAUCAAUGUGAACAGGGUUGCUGCAUACAAAGAACUCGACACAGAUUUGGUAAAAAAUGCUGCAUUCACGUCUCUAAACGGUGUUAGUCUUUCUCUUCUCGCGGAGAAAUUGUACACUGAGAAUCUGACGAAAGAACCGGAUGAAGUGUGGAAUUGGAAUCUUCUUUUCACUCAAGUUUCCUCUGAAAUCAAUAGCGAGGCACAGAAGAAAAUUCAUACGUAA